CGGCUCUUUUGUGCGCGAUGAUGACGUAUGGCCUCGUAUGUAGUAGCGCUCGCUCAGAGGGGGAGAAAGAGCCGCCGAGGAGGGCAGAAACACAAGAGAGGGGCAAGUCUUUCUACGACAGCACCGCGGCUUGGGAACAAACCAACUGAGUCGAGUCGGCUGGCAUGGAGCUGAGCGUUGCCAUUCUGAGCCGUUUCGAGCCGUCCAGCUAAUUUCGCGCAGAGCCGGGAGGGGGGCAGUUUGCUGUUGGUCCCGGGGGUUCGUGGAGCCCGUAUGAAUCUGUUGCUAGCAGCGCUCGAAUGCUAGUUAGCCCCGCUGCUAAGCAGCUAGCCAACACUGCGAGUCAAUUGUGUCGGAGAUCUCGGAAUUACGCGUAAAAGCGGUUACGCUCAUCCGCCGCUCUCGGGAUUCGUUUUGACCGUUGAGCUUUGGCUUUUUUCAAAGUGAGGGGACGCUAAUAAGCGAACGCUAGAGUUUCCAUUUCGAUUUAUUUUCAGCAGAGAGUUUUUUUCCUCCUCUCUAUUAGCUUGUUAGCCGCUCUGGUUGGUUUAGUCCAGCUUGUUAGUAGUGUCUGAGAUUUCUACUGUAAUAGCUGUCAGCGACAAGAGCCCGCAUAUUGUUCGCAUAUUUGUGGACAUGAAUGAUUUUAUCGCGGACCGUGAGUUGUUUAGAGAAGCGAUAGUUUGAGAUGCCGCGCUUGGGAUACUUCAUGUUUCCGCGGACGCUUUUAUUUUCUUCUUAGACUGCUUUAGACAAUACUAGAUUUUUUCCCUCUUGUUAUCCGCCUUUAUCCAUCCACCGCGCGUCGUUUUGAUGUGGUUAAAGCCCACAUUUGAGUCGCACUCUCAUUGUUUUCUUAUCUAGCGGUGGUUCGUUCAGCUCCACGUUUGUAUUCACGCCGUUGGUGGUACAUGGUCGCUGAGACAGAGCGCUGAUACACGCUUUCAUUGGUUUGCGGUGGGGAGAUUCGGCUUGAACUAUUAUGGAUGAUCAGACCCGAAUGCUGGCUGGCAUGGGCGGACUCGGCGGACUCUCGCAAGCCGACGUGGGUGACCCCGAUUCGGUUCGGAAGCAGCAGUCCCUCGGUCAACCGCAGCAAGACAUAGGAGAUAUUCUCCAGCAGAUCAUGGCCAUCACCGACGAGAGCCUCGACGAAGCCCAGGCGAGAUGCUGGCCAGAGGAGGCACCGGCGCAGUGGACCCCACAGAGGGAGGGGGAGCUGGGGGGGAGCACAGCAGGGUGUGCCCUGCCGCUCAACUUCCAGCACAGAAAACACGCACUGAACUGCCACAGGAUGAAGCCGGCUCUCUUCAGCGUUUUAUGCGAGAUCAAAGAAAAAACUGUGCUGAGCAUCAGAGGUGUACAGGAGGAGGAUCCUCCAGAUCCCCAGAUCAUGCGUUUGGAUAACAUGCUGUUGGCCGAGGGAGUCUCUGGACCCGAGAAGGGUGGCGGAUCAGCGGCAGCGGCCGCAGCUGCAGCGGCGGCUGGAGGAUCACCCAACGACGGCAGCAUCGAGCACUCCGACUACAGAGCCAAACUCGCACAGAUCCGUCAGAUCUACCACUCUGAACUAGAGAAAUACGAACAGGCUUGCAGUGAGUUCACCAAUCACGUGAUGAACCUGCUGAGGGAACAGUCCCGCACACGACCUAUCUCGCCCAAAGAGAUCGAACGCAUGGUGGCCAUCAUCCACCGCAAGUUCAGCUCCAUCCAGAUGCAGCUCAAGCAGAGCACCUGUGAGGCCGUCAUGAUCCUUCGCUCUCGCUUCCUCGACGCCAGACGCAAGAGACGCAACUUCAAUAAGCAAGCCACAGAGGUGCUGAAUGAGUACUUCUACUCUCACCUCUCCAACCCUUACCCCAGUGAGGAAGCCAAGGAAGAGUUGGCCAAGAAAUGUGGGAUCACUGUCUCUCAGGUCUCGAAUUGGUUUGGCAACAAGAGAAUUCGGUACAAGAAGAACAUUGGUAAGUUCCAGGAGGAAGCAAACCUGUACGCCGUUAAAACAGCCGUGGACGCUGCCAAUGUGUCGGCACAGGCCAGCCAGGCAAACUCUCCAGCAACACCCAACUCAGGGUCAUCUGGGUCAUACACCCUCUCUCACGCAGGAGACGCCUACCUCGGGCUGCGUUCACUCAACGGGGAUGGCGUCAGCGUCACUCCUGCUGUGCAGCAGCAGCAGCAGCAGCAGGUGGAUAUCCUGCACCGUGCUACACACCUGAUGGCAGGCUAUGAAGAUCUGUCAGGAAGUCCUAUUUACACCCCACACCGUCUAGAUGCUAACAACAGCUGGCAAGACAACACCAACCCUUCCUCCAUCACCUCUCCACCAGGACCACCUGGCAGCAUCCACUCCGACACCUCCAGCUAAUGUAGCUCACGCUACACUCACCCACACACACACACACACACACACACACACACACACACACGCACACGCACAGAGCAUCUCAUCAUCCACUCUCGCCCGUUCUCUCCUGCUGCUCACAGCUUUCGUCCUUCACUAGCAGAUGUCAAAGGUCUUCCAUAGUCCUCGUUCCACUUUCUUCAAAGUGUGCCAGGGUUCACACGCUGAACCAGACUAUCUGAAACACACACCCAAGCGUGCUCCUUGAGCAAAAGACGCAGAGAAACACAUCGUCAGUCCACAGAGGUCUUCACAAAGGGUGGAUGAUCUACAAUCCACGCCCAACUCCACGUUACCUUUCCAGUUUCGACUUGUCACAAUGGGGAUUACGCAACAACUCCCUCCUUGCUUGUACCAAAGUGCUGUCAACGGUUGUUGCACCUUCCGCUCGUCGAAGAACAACCUCAGACAACUGAACCGUGAAAACGCCAUUCUGUCCGCUUUUUACGAUAUUAUUUCCAAUCACUGCUUCCGACUUUCUCACCAAACAAUCUGUCAUUGUUCAACGUUGUGUUAAGCACAAAUCCUGUCGAUAACGCUUUGAGCUGGUGGUUGGACGAAGAGGAAUCCAUCAGCGUAAAGGUACGCCGGACAUUUGAACACUUUAGCUGAUCGCAAGAGAGUUCGGAGUGAAACAGCUGCAACGUGAAGCGGAGAGUCCAACGGUUGAUACGCGAUCGGCUACUACGCGUUGACCUUGUUUUUAAUAGUUUAGCUACAGUACUUUUUGUCCUGCAGCCUUUUCUCCCCCCCACAAAGAUGCACCAGCCACCAAACAAAAGACUCGACACGAACUCUCAACCUCGCGUUCGGAAAGGGGGUUGGACGGAUAGCUGGAGUAUUCGUUUGGAUUGGGACACGGGUGGGAAUUUAGAAAUAUUUUUAAAGGGAAAGAAAAAAAAUAUUCCACUGUCUUCCAUGCAUGUAGGGUGUUGAGAUGUUUUAGUGAUUCCAUUUAGCCUAACUUUUCGCUUUUUGUUUUUUUAAAACGAAAAAAUACUAUAAAAGGAGAGGGUGUGAGUACAGACCAAAUAAACGAACGAACGAACGAACGAACGAACUUCUCCAACGAAAACUUCAUACUGCCCGUACUUCGUGCCGGUGUUUGAUUUCUCUAGGAUUUCCGUGAUAUUUUAAUCGCACGUUUUCACAACAGUCAUCCGUGACGCGAAAACCUUUCUGAGGAGGCCAUAGCAAUUAAGCGAUAAUUCCGACGGCGAAGAUGCGUUACAAAUAUCGAGGAGGUUUUUUUUUGGUGCGCCGUGGCCUCUCACGUUACUGUGUUGUGUGUACGGGUGUCUGUUUUUUUAAGGGUUGGGUUGUCUCGUCACUCACUCGUGCUUUUGAACUGAUUGUAUUGUACGUGCAAUUGAAAGCACCUGUUUCUUGGUAAAGCAUGCUGUCUUUUACUUUUUUUUUUUUUCUUUUCUCCUUCUGUUGUUGUUGCCUACAAUUUCACUAAACAAGGAACUCUGUUGUUUUGUAAUCAGUUAACAUAGCCAAGCAACAAGGGCUUUUCUCCUUUCAAAUUUAACCAAAAAUAAGCACUGGAUGUGUUGUGAUUUGAAACAGAUGGACUAAAGUUAGUAGAGGAACAUCAAGUGAGUUUAUAUUUACUUUUUCCAGACAAGUCGUUUGUAUUCCCGGAACUUGUUUUGCUGUUUGCUUCUUUUCUUUUCUUUUUUUUUCUUCCUCCUUCCUUUAGUCGCGGAAGCACCAGGGCGUUUUGAUAUAUGAAUGGAAAUUCUAUAUAUUACACAAAGGACUAAAUAACGUUGAAAUGUAAAUUGGGGUUUUGUUUAUAUGUACACAUGGAAAAACAAACUCUGAGGAGCUUUUCAAGCUAUUAUUGUGUCCUCUAUAGAUUACUGUUAGUUAUAAACAUUUCAACUAAUGCUAUUACUACACCAAAUUUCUUUGUUUUCUUUUCUAUCAGUCAUCUAUGGAUGUCACUGUACAGAUUGUGGAAUGUUUCAGUGUAUUUUCUCUUUUUGUAUGCUUUUAUUUUCGUUUUUUAUCGCUGGGGGGUUUUGGAUUCGCUCACGAGCAAGAGUAAUAUUUGUUAGUCUUUGUAAUAUUCAUUUUAGCGUUUCAGUUACACUUUCUUUGGAUCGGGAGUCUCGAGUGUUAUUUUCUUUGUGUGGUUUUGUCAACGCCGGUAGCGUUUGUUUGAGGUGCUGUGAAAAUCCACUCACACUACUAAAUUGAUGGAAUAAACGCAUAAGCUAGGUAACGUGAUUUUUAAACACUACAUAUCUUUAGUUUUUCCCAAAAGUGCAUCCAUUCGGAAACUGAGGUGGAUUCCGCAGCACCGUAGCAAAUGAUGUCGACGUUUUUAAUCCUCGAUUUUUAUCAUUAUUUUACUAGAAUUGUAGUACACGCUUCCUUCUGUAUUUACCAUUCUCUCCCUCCUCUCUACCUCUCCUCUCUCCAUUUCACUUGUAUAUAAACCCCACCAUUUUCAGACUUGGUAGUCUGUAUAAACUCCUUUUAUACCUCAACUUUAGAACUGUUCUAGUGAGAGAGAAAAAAGAAAUAUGAGAAAAUUGUAGUGUUCCUUAUUAGAAAAACAAAAACUAAUAAAAUAAUCUAGUGUGCUUUUGA